AUGGCGGAGCUGGACACGGAGCAUGUGCGCAUGCUGGAUGCCGGCAGACAGCGCGUCAAGUACUCGUCGCCGCUGACGUCGAGCAGCUUCGCCUCGGUGGUCUCUAAGAAGACGCAACUGCUGCAGCACGGCAACGCUUUCGGCCUGAGUUUCGUAGCAACCGAGAAAGGUUUUGUAAUGGCCAAGAACGAUGCGCUGGAGGCUUCAUGCACCGACUACACCAAGCGACGACAGGAGGCUGUGGACCACGGACAGAAGCUCACACUGGAGGAGAUCCACGAGCUGCCAGCGACCAAGGAAGUGCAACUGCCGUCCAUCGCCUACUGGAUCGCGCUGUCUCCGGACGAGUUCACGCUCGCAGUGGCCUACGGAGACUCCAUCGCGCUCUUUGAAGUCGCACACGUUGUAGAAGCGGCAACACCAGCACCUUUCCACACGUUUUCCAAGCUGCAAGCACAGGAGAUCGCGUGGUGCAGAGACCCCCUAAGCGAGCGCUUUGCAGUUUUGACACUCGAGAAGCAGGUGGUAGUGUGUACGCUGGAAGGAUCGAGGGAUGCCAUUAACACAGAGACCGACCCGUCGUCCAUUGCCUGGUCGCCGUCGGGAGAGCACAUCGCAGUCGGUUUAGUGGAUGGCACGAUCGCCAUCUACGCGCGAGAAUCCCUUCAGUUCAUUCGCUCUAUCGCCCAGCCGGAAUCCAGCGCCGAGCAACAACUUGAAGCCCAUCAUGUCAACUGGGCUGAGGAAGAAUUGAUUCUGGCUGGAUACCACAAGUAUGACGAAGAGAACGAGGAGACGAGCGCUCUGGCUUGCAUUUUCGACAACGGCGAGUGCGUAGAACUGGAUGAAGUUGUCGGAUUCUUCGACGUGGAGGGACGGAGGCACCAGUAUUUCUCAGUUUUCUUACCGGACUGGCGAAUGUUCUUCAUUACCUGCUCGUUGAGCGCAGAUAUUGAGUUGCUUGUUUCAGAUCCCGACGGUGGCGAAUGGCAACUGUGGAAGCCGCUGGAGAAGUAUCAAGCUCGUUUGCCCAUGAAUGCUGAGGACGAGGAGUCUUUCCCAAUGGGCUUUGCUAUCAAUUUGAACUCGACUACGCCCGUUCCGGUCGAUGAAGACACAUUCCCUCCCGUCCCUAUUGUUUCUUGCACCAACACGGAGGGGCUUUUGGUCAACUUUGCCUUCGUUGACACUACGGUGAACGAAGUGGAAUUCGUCAAAAGUCCGUCGCCGUUUGACAAGAAACCAACGCGCGCUGUUGUGGUGACGUCAAGUGAAACCGCAGAGAUUAAAGCUGAAGUGCCUGUGCCUGAGUCUCCGAAUAAAUCCACCUCGCACGAGUAUGGACAGAAUGAUGAGAAUGAGUUUGCUGAGUCGGAUGGUGAGUCGAGUGACGAGGAGGAGGAGCGCAAGGAAGAAGAAGACAAGGCGAGAUGUACCUUCCGUACGAUUGCAUCCGAUGGAGAUGACUUUAUUGCGUCGGAGCUGUUCCCGAAAUUGUUUAAGGCGAUGGGAUCUACGUAUGACGAGGAAGAGCACGCCAGCACUGUUGCAAGUCUCGAAAAGGAUGGAAAGAUCUUUGAGAAUGAUUUUGUUGCCUGGUACGUGAAUUGGAUUUUCGGUGAUGAUGAAUCUGAUUCGGAUGAAGAUGAGGAUGCUCCUGCGUCGUCGGAGGCCAAGCCCGCUGAAAUGAAGUCGAAGGAGGAAAUCGCUGCGGCAUUCUCGAAAUUUACGGCCAAGGAGGGAAGCUGGAAGUGCGCAGUGUGUAUGGUGAACAAUGGCCCGGAUGCAAUGAAGUGCAGUGCUUGUGAGACUCCGAACCCUGCUGCUCCGAAGGUGGUGGUUCCUGUAACGGCGGCGAGUCAAUUAUGGAAGUUGAUUAUUGACUUUGACAAGUCGCUGCAACGCGUGAACGAGAGUUCGAAGAACAUUUCGUCUAAGGAUGCUGAGUACUCGAAGAAGUUCUUGUCCCAAAUGGACAAGCUACGUGCGCAGAUUUCGAGCCUUUGUGAUGAGAUUAACAACUUGGAUGAGUCGCGGGAUCAGAUCGAGAAGGACGUCUUGUUUGUCAUUGGAAGUGACGGUGACGUGCACGAACAGCUCGAGUAUGGUCGUGAAAUCUUGGACAGCUUUAAUGACGAGGGUCUUAAGAGAACACUGGAAGAGCAGCCACUCGACCAGCGAUCAAAGGAAACGUGGGACUCAUUGAAGAACAAAUUGAGUGAAGUAGAAAAAUGCUGCGUCGAGCUCGACAGCCACCUCUCGUCUUCCAAGAUCGGAGUCGAUGCAACUGGCGCAGUGUCUUCAGCACACUUGUUCCGUGUGUUGAAGCAGACCUACGACAACUCAAAGAUGCAGUACAACAAGGCAUGCAAGCUGGCUGAACAGCUGGAGAAGCUGAGUUUGCGUGGCGACCACAUGCGUCAAACUAACGGUGUUCGUGGGAUUUCCGGCGAAGCUGAAGCUCACACUGCAGCGACCAAGGCGGAGAUGGUUCAGAUGAUUGUGGAGACCGAACAACGCAGCCAAGACGUGCGUCGCAACUUCUUGGCUCUAUGCAACAACGUUAUCACUCCUCGUGAUGUCUUCUCGACCCCGCGACGCAAGCUGGCACCUCCCACGCCAUCCAAAUCCUCGAACUCGCCGCUUAGGGUCAAAGCCUGCAGCAAGUUGAUGCCAAAGACACAGUUAAGCGUUGCCUCCCCCAUGAGCACAGCAAAGCAGUCAUCGCAGUCUGUUUCGUUCAAGGAAACUCCCGUUAAGUCCGGGUCGAAGCUGUUCUCGCUAGCGGAGGCUAUGGCACCGAAGGAGGAGCCUGCCAAGCUUGUCCAGACGCCUCAGCCAGCGAAACCGAGCGUGGGUGUUGGCAAGGCCCCCCAAAGACCAAGUCUAGGAGCUCCGGCUGCAGAGACGAAGCCCACAGCGACUGCAGCGAAGCCGAAGAAGGGUACAAGUGCGUUUGGAGCGCCAGUGGCCAAGGAGGAAGAGAAUAAGACCACGUCGACUGCAUCGUUUGGUGGGUUUGGAGUCAACUCACCGGCAGUCAAGCGAAAGGCUGAGACGAACCCGGCGCCUGCUUUCUCACUAGGAGGAAAAGAAGCACCAGCAUCAUCUGCCUUUAGUUUUGGAUCCAAGGAGAAGAGCCCAGCACAGCCAGCUACAACAUCUUCUACGAACUACAAGGCACUUCUGGAAGCGUUUUACAAGGUGCACAACCCGUCGAAGACUGGAAGUGUGAUUGACAAGGCUUUGGCGACGUAUAAGGGCAGAGAGGAAGACUUGUUCACUCGACUCUUCACGAUGUACGUCCCGGAUUCGACGCCUGAGGAUGUCAAGAAGUAUUUAAACGGAGGACCAGUUCCUCCAAAAUCUGAUACUGUGGCUGCUUCCAAGUCUCCUGCACCUACCAGUACAGCAGCGAAGAGUCCGUUCGGUGGGUUUGGAGCGUCCACAUCGACACCGAAUAGCGCAGCCAAGCCCAGUCCGUUCGGAGCGUCCCCGUCGGCGUUCAGUCUCGGCCCAGCUGCCAACACGUCGUCUGGCUUCGGCGGCUUUGGAUCCACAGCGACAAAUGCUUCUACAACUACAACAACAACGCCGUCCCCCUUUGGUCAACCCGCUGUCGACUACCGUCAGAAGUUGGUGGAGUUCUAUCAGAAGCACAACCCGGACAAACUCAGUAGUGUGGAUGCCACGCUGCAGAAGUACAAGGGCAACGAAGAGAAACUCUUCCAGAAUCUCGCGCUCAAGUACAAGGUAAAUGCAAGUCCGGCCGUGCAGCCUGCGAAUCCUGCUACAGCAAGCCCGUUCGGUAAACCAGGAGCAUUCUCAGCACCCAGUACAUCAACUGGAGCGUCGUUCGGGUCUACAAGCUCGGUGGGUUUCGGCGCUGCAAAGCCUGCGCCCAGUGCGUCUCCGUUCGGUGCAGCUGCGGCUCCUGCUUCGUCUCCAUUUGGUGCUACGUCUCAAACGUCCACUGGCUUUGGGUCUGGUGCAAGUGGAUUCGGCGGCUUCCAGUCCACUGCGACGACUCCGGCGUUCGGCACUCCGUCUGCAUUUGGCACGACAGGAGGCUUCGGAGCUGCUGGUGUCAACUACCGCGAGAAGCUCACAGCUUUCUAUCAACAACACAACCCUGCAAAGCUCAGCUCCGUAGACGCGACGUUGGAGAAGUAUAAGGGACGUGAAGAUCACUUGUUUGCGAUGCUGGAACAGAAGUAUGUCAAGAAGACCCCGACAGCGGCGACUGGAGGCUUUGGCAUUCCCAGUACCACGGCGUUCGGUGGAGGUAGCGGCUUUGGUGCACCCUCGGCUCUAGGAGCGACUGCGGCCCCUGCGUUCGGCUCUGCCUCAACUUUGGGAGGUACAGCACAGCCAGCAUUUGGAGGAGCUGCAGGCUCGGGCUUUGGAAUGGCGUCGCGCAUGGGCGGAGGAUUUGGUUCGGCUGCUCCUGCUGCGCCGAGUGGCACAACUACUGGCUCAGGAUUCAGCGCUUUCGGUUCGCAGACGCCGUCGUUUGGUGGAGCUGCGCAACAGUCUGGUGGCUUUGGUGCUGCUGGCAGUGGAGGCCUUGGAUCUGGUUUUGGUGGUGCGGCUACAGGUGGUUUUGGUCAACCGGCAGCGUUUAGUAGCUCCAGCUUCACUCAGAUGCGGUGAGUGACAAGAAGAAGCGUGUAGCUUGGUACGACGUAGAUAGUAAGUAAACCGAGAUAAACAUGAUAACCAAGCUUUUGCAACUUCCAGGUGAAAACCCGUACAAACUGGUGAAAC